AUGCAGGCGGCGCUGCGGCGGCGUUUCGGCGGCGCGCGGUGGGCGCUCCGCGUUCCCGAGGGGGCCCCGCGGCCUCGCUGCCUCGGGCCGGGCUCCGCCCCGGCCCCGCGGUGCUGGAGCUGCGGCAGCCGCCUCCCCGGCGCCGAGGGGCUGCCUCACUUUUGCCCCGGCUGCCGGGCGCUGCAGCCGCCGGGGCCUCGGCCUGACCUCUUCCGCCUGAUGGACUGCGAGCGCUCCUUCCGCGUCGACGCGCAGCAGCUGCAGCGGCGGUUCCGGAGCCUGCAGCGCGCUCUUCACCCCGAUCGCUUCGGCCGGAGGCCGCCGAAAGAACAGCACUACUCUCAGCAACACUCCUCCUUGAUUAAUAAGGCCUACCAAACCCUCCUGAACCCUUUGAGCCGUGGCCUCUAUCUGCUGGAGCUGAAUGGUGUAGAGCCGGCACAAGAGACAGACUGUGAUGCAGACUCAGUGUUUCUCAUGGAAAUCAUGGAAAUUAAUGAGAAAUUAGCAGAACCUAAAAAUGAGGAUAUCCUUGAAGAAAUUGAAACUUUAAUUAAAGUUAAACAAGAAGAACUGACCAAAGAGGUGACUGCAGCUUUUGAAAGAGAUGAUCUUCAAGAAGCUAAGAAGCUUCUAGCCAAAAUGAAAUAUUUUUCAAACUUAGAGGAUAAACUAAAGAACAAGAAGAUCCCUUCCUGAUACUGCCUCCUUUACUGUUAAGAGUUAAUGUUAUUUUCAAUUAAACAGCUGAUUUAGUUACCAAAA